UGACUUAAUUUUUUGCGGGAAUUUUGUCAAAAUAAAAACAACAAGAUUGGGUUAAAUAUUUACUAUUUUAAUUCGAUAAUACAUGGUGUAAGGUUUAAAUGAACAAAAAUGUCUAUACAAGUGGAUAAUAAUUUAAAAGACACCGAUAAUCAAGAAGUGUUCAAUCAGAAAGUGCAUUAUAUGCCGUGUAAAAUUGAAGAAGACGGUCAAGCCAAUGUGAAUCAGUAUUUUUCUCCUUAUAUUCAGGAAAAUGAGAAUGGAGAAUUAUCAGCCACCUUCCGUGGACAUUCACUGGAUGGAGUUAAAAUGCCACUACCAGAAGGGUACAGAGGUAUUGUGGUGACGGAGACAAAAAGACCACUCGGUGAAGGUGCUGAUAGAAAGUUUCAGGUAGCUGGUGGUUUCAAAGAAAUAACAUAUUGGAAUUGGGAUAAAAAACCAUCAAAGAAUGACAAUAUUGUAAAAGCAAUGGACUGGAUUGAUAUAGCCGAGGCGAUUCACGGAGAUUAAGAAAUAAAACACACCAUAUAUUUUUAGUAUUUAUUAACAAAAAACCAAUAACAAGGGACCUCUUAUAUGGUCCUAAAACAAACAUUUUACUUCUUUAUUAAAUUAGUUACACUUACUUACUUCUAAUUUUGUAACAUUAAGGCCGGUUGCA